GAGGCCUCCGGCGCCGCUUUGCGGAGUUCCUGUGGCUACCACCGCACGGAGUAUGGGGCGCUGAUGGCCAUGGAGGGCUACAGGGGCUUCCUGGGGCUGCUGGUGUCGGCGCUGCUCGUCGGGUUCCUGUCUGUGAUCUUCACCCUCGUUUGGGUCCUCCACUACCGGGAGGGGCUCGGCUGGGACGGGACCGCGCUCGAGUUUAACUGGCACCCUGUACUCGUGGUCACCGGCUUCGUCUUCAUCCAGGGCAUCGCCAUCAUCGUAUACAGACUGCCAUGGACCUGGAAAUGCAGCAAGCUCCUGAUGAAAUCCAUCCAUGCAGGGUUAAACGCUGUUGCUGCCAUUCUUGCAAUUAUUUCUCUGGUGGCUGUUUUUGAUUUCCACAAUGCCAGGAACAUCCCCAAUAUGUAUAGUCUGCACAGCUGGGUUGGACUGACAGCUGUCAUUCUCUAUAUCUUACAGCUUCUCCUAGGUUUUUUUGUCUUUCUGCUUCCUUGGGCUCCACUUUCUCUCCGAGCACUUCUCAUGCCCAUACAUGUUUAUUCUGGACUUCUCGUCUUUGGAACAGUGAUUGCAACAGUACUUAUGGGAGUGACGGAGAAACUGAUUUUUGCCCUGAAAAAUCCUGCAUACAGUACAUUCCCACCAGAAGGUGUUUUCACAAAUACCCUCGGCCUUCUGAUUCUGGUGUUUGGGGCUCUCAUUUUUUGGAUAGUCACCAGACCACAGUGGAAGCGUCCUAAAGAGCCAAGUUCUGUCCUUCUUCAGCCAAACGGAGGCGCUCCAGAGGGAAUGGAAGGUUCCAUGGCAAUGAACUUUGGCAAUAUGGACAAAUCAGAUUCAGAGUUAAACAGUGAAGCAGCAGCAAGGAAAAGAAACAUCACCCUUGAUGAGGCUGGACAGAGAUCCACCAUGUAAAAUGGGCUAGAGAUGUAGCCAUAUAACUUCCAUUAGUUCUACAGUUUAGCUUCUCUUAUUUAGCCGUAAGAUGAUUGAGCUCCACAGACUCAAUAUUUAUUCUAAUCAUAAAGUAGGAUUUCUUGAGAGCAUUUGUAUUGAUUGAGGCCUGUGAACUUACCUGAAUUGGAAGGGAGAUGAUCAAUGUAAAUAACAGCAG